UCCACCGAGACGAUCACGGACGAAGCAGAGGUCCCACCAACACUGCCCCCCUAGAAUCAGAGAAAGUCUAGGCCAGCCCAAAGCCACAGAAUGGGCCUUACCCGAGACCCAGGGAGAGGAGAGAGAGGGGAAGAGGACCGAGAGUAUGAGUGGUAGAAACUUAGUGCCUCUGAGAGAGUGUGUGGUAGCAGUCCCAACAUCAAAAGCAGCAGCAUCCUCCGCCUCCACAGUGCCCCCUGUUGACAACAGCCAGGCUGUGGCAUUGCGACGCCCGGUCUCCCAGAACCAACUGCGUGUCAGUGAGGAGCUGUCUCUGCUGGGCUCUCACUGGGACAGUGUCCAGGGCAUGGUCCAGUCUGCCUGCAGCACUGCGGCCAGCCACUCUGGCCUCUCAGCCAACCUCUCGUCAGGCUUCUGUCGUGCCCUCCAGCCCACGGCCUACCAGAGCCGACGCCUGGCUGGCAAGCUACUGCGCACCCAGGGCAUGGCCGUGCCUAACGGGGGUUGGCAGUACGGCCGAAGGGAGAGGGAGGUUCGCUCCUCGGCUCCAGCCCCAGUCGGCUCCAGCCCUGUCAAGUCAGGGUCCAGCUGGCUCUCUGCAGUCAGAAGCAGCUCGGGCUACGCUGCCAUCAUGGGCCCAACCACCACCAGCUCACCCCCAACCUUUUCAACCUGCCAACUCCUCCCAACCUCCCCUUGCUCCUCAGCCUCCCCCCAGCCCCACCCGGCCUACCUGGAUGAUGAUGGUCUGCCGGUACCUGUGGACGCCGUGCAGCAGCGCCUCAGGCAGAUGGAGGCGGGGUAUAAACAGGAAGUGGAGGUGCUGAGAAGCCAGGUGCGCCAGCUGCAGAUGAGGCUGGAGAGGAAACAGUACAGCACGCCGCCUUCCGAGCCAGACGUCGACUACGAGGACGACAUUACUUGUCUGCGUGAGUCAGACGACAGUGAUGAGGAGGACAGUCUGUCAGACCACAGCGAGGACCGUUUCUCAGAGGGCAGCUGGGACAGAGUGGAGCAGAAGGACACAGAGGUCACGAGGUGGGUGCCUGAUCACAUGGCCUCUCAUUGUUUCAACUGUGACUGUGAAUUCUGGAUGGCCAAGAGACGUCAUCACUGCAGGAACUGUGGCAAUGUGUUCUGUAAAGACUGCUGCCACCUGAAGCUGCCCAUCCCAGACCAGCAGCUGUAUGACCCUGUGUUGGUGUGUAACGUCUGCUGUGACCUGCUGCUGGAGGCUAGGAACAGAGAGAUCUGCAGCCAGCAGCUCAAGAAGCCCAUCGCCACAGCCUCCAGCUGAGAGACCAGAGAGAGAGAGAGAGGGAGAGGGAGAGAGCCCUUUACUGAAUGGCUCAGUCUGGCCUGGCUUGGCUCGGUUCAGUUAGGACCUGGAUCAGCACCAUCUUAGGUCAGCUUUGGACAGAUAUGAGCCAAGUGCCCCAUUCCCACGACCCUAACAUGGUCUGGGCUUGGCUGGGGGGGGGGUGAGAAGGACUUGUUGCUCUGUGGGAGGGAGGCAAAGCUUGAGAAUGGAGAGAGGCCAUUGACUGCUGGGGAUGAGAGACACUGACUGGAGUAGAAGAGGGGAUGAGAUACUGAGUGGAGUAGAAGAGGGGAUUAGAGACUGACUGGAGUAGAAGGGGGGGAUGAGAUACUGAGUGGAGUAGAAGAGGGGAUGGUAGUGAAUGAAAUGUAGGAGGAAGAGGAGCAGAUGUAGGAGGAAGAGGAGCAGAUGUUCUCCCACUGAGUUUAACCCCUUUUGGUCAAACACAUACAGCUUGGAAGGAAGGCUUCAGUGCCCUGUCCUGUCCUGCCCUCACCUGCCCUGUCCUGCCCUCACCUGUCCUGCCCUGCCCUGUCCUGCCCUGCCCUGCCCUGCCCUGCCCUGUCCUGUCCUCACCUGCCCUGCCUUUCCCUGUCCUGCCCUGCCCUGCCCUGUCCUGCCCUGCCCUGCCUUUCCCUGUCCUGUCCUGCCCUGUCCUGUCCUCACCUGCCCUGCCCUGUCCUGCCCUGCCCUGCCCUGCCCUGCCCUGCCCUGCCCUGCCCUGCCCUGUCCUGUCCUCACCUGCCCUGCCUUUCCCUGUCCUGCCCUGUCCUGCCCUGUCCUGUCCUGUCCUCACCUGCCCUGUCCUCACCUGCCCUGUCCUGCCCUGUCCUGCCCUGCCUUUCCCUGUCCUGUCCUGCCCUGUCCUGUCCUCACCUGUCCUGUCCUGUCCUGCCCUGCCCUGCCUUUCCCUGUCCUGCCCUGCCCUGUCCUGCCCUGUCCUGUCCUGUCCUCACCUGCCCUGCCCUGCCCUGCCCUGUCCUGCCCUGCCUUUCCCUGUCCUGCCCUGCCUUUCCCUGUCCUGCCCUGUCCUGCCCUGUCCUGUCCCGUCCUCACCUGCCCUUCCCUGUCCUGCCCUGUCCCGUCCUCACCUGCCCUUCCCUGUCCUGCCCUGUCCUGUCUUCACCUGCCCUGUCCCGUCCUCACCUGCCCUGCCCUGUCAUGCCUUGUCCUGUCUUCACCUGCCCUGCCCUGCCCUGCCCUGCCCUGUCCUGCCCUGCCUUUCCCUGUCCUGCCCUGUCCCGUCCUCACCUGCCCUGCCCUGUCCUGCCUUGUCCUGUCUUCACCUGCCCUGCCCUGUCCUGUCAUGCCCUGCCCUGCCUUUCCCUGUCCUGCCCUGUCAUGCCCUGCCCUGCCCUGUCCUGCCCUUCCCUGCCCUGUCCUGCCCUGCCUUUCCCUGCCCUUCCCUGCCCUGUCCUGCCCUGCCUUUCCCUGUCCUGCCCUGCCCUGCCCUGCCCUGCCCUGUCCUGCCCUGCCUUUCCCUGCCCUUCCCUGCCCUGUCCUGCCCUUCCCUGUCCUGCCCUGCCUUUCCCUGCCCUUCCCUGUCCUGCCCUGCCUUUCCCUGCCCUGCCCUGCCCUGUCCUGCCCUGUCCUGCCCUGCCUUUCCCUGCCCUUCCCUGCCCUGUCCUGCCCUUCCCUGUCCUGCCCUGCCUUUCCCUGCCCUUCCCUGUCCUGCCCUGCCUUUCCCUGCCCUGCCCUGCCCUGUCCUGCCCUGUCCUACCCUGUCCUGCCCUGUCCUGUCCUGCCCUGUCCUACCCUGUCCUGUCCUACCCUGUCCUGGGGCACCUGUAACCUACUGGGAGAUGUUCCAUCACCUCAACCCCCCCCACACACACACACACUCUAGUGCACUCGGCACACACCAACAAGCUACUCUAUGAUGUCCCCCCCCACACACACACUCUAGUGCACCCGGCACACACCAACAAGCUACUCUAUGAUGCCCCCCCCCCCCCACCCCACACACACACUCUAGUGCACCCGUCACACACCAACAAGCCACUCUGAUGCACCCCACACACACUCACACACCCCUACUCUCCUCAGAGGACAAUCUCUCGCCCUCCUUGGUGUGGGGCAUUCCAACGCCUUUACCUGUUCUACUGGUGACUUACGACAACUUUAAAAAGCAAAAUGCUGCUACAUUAUCUAAAAGUCAAAAAAAUGUUUGUAUUAUUUUGCGCACUACAAAACAUUUGAGACCAAACUCGAGUGGAAGGGAGGAGAGAGAAAAAAAAUGUUCUGUUCACUUGCAGUCGUAUCUUUUAUUGUGGGGGGGGUUGAAUGUAAAGUGUUUGAAAUUAAAUGGACAAGUCUUAAAGUAACUGGAAGCCUGAUGAUGAUGAUGAUGAUGAUGAUGUCUUUAUGUUCAUUAGGUCGGUUGUGUACUUGUUCAUUCCUGUGAGGUUUAUUUAAAAUAAAAAAUAAAAUAGAUUUAAAAAAUAAAAUAAAAUAAAUACAAUUAUAUGCACAGUUAAUGUGGUUCUGUCUUUGUCAUGUGUAGCCCUGACAACGUUUAGAGAAUCUGAGGUAAUCCCACUAUCUGUGUGGACGAAGGUUAAUUAAGAUCAGAUCUAGAAUUGUCAUCUGAUCGGACGAGUCUCUUCAAAAGAAACAUUUUAAUGAAUCUGCUAAAGCAACCAGACAAGACAAAACUGUUUGCCAUGAAUCCAAGGUCACCCUGGACUUGGUGGUCGUUCAUAGAUGGGGAAGGAGGGGGUUUGAAUAACGGAGUUUAUACUUCUACACUGAUGCGAGAGAGGCUUGAUGUUGAUGUACAGUAACAUAGUUCUGCUGUAACUGUUUCAGACUUCCUCUUUAAAUCAACCAGGUUCCUGUCCAAGAAUGUCAAUGCCUGGCACUUAAAAUAAGUGGAGAAAGUACUAAAGUGCUAUGAAUUUCCUUUUUUUAAAUUGUAUUUUCUUCCUGUACCGUAGGGGGGAGUUUGGCCUUGUAUCUAAACCGAGUUUACCAUGUUACCUAACGGAAGUGGAACUUCAGUUCGGACGCCAUGCUAGAGUUUGGUUGUGGAUCCUAGAAAUUGUCCUUUUAUGGCCCCAAAAAAAAAUAUAUAAAAAGGACUGUUAUUUUGUUUCUGUCAAAUUGGUCAGUUUUUUUUUUGUUUUCUGUUCCUUGAGACAGAAGUGCCAUAUUGUAUUUUUAUUUCUCAUGGAGACGACAGCAGGGUCACUAACCGAACUGGCCAGUACUUGGUUUGUUGCUUUAAUGGUAGCUGCUUUAAAAAAAAAAAAUAUGUAAAGAGUCGAACGUUAGAUGAAGAGGUAAAGGAGAUGAUUUGUUAAUAAAUGUAUGAACUGAAGAUUUAAAUGAGACGGUGAGCCUGUACGGUUGUCACGGUUACCCAUUGCCCAAUAACAUUGUUUGAGGUUUUUUUUUGGGGGGGGGGGCUUUCACGCGGGGUUGUUGAUGGCAAAAUCUGAACGAGGAAGUGGUGGAACCCAGAUAUGCAAUGUAAUGUAAUAUAUAGUUAUCUGAUUCAGUUACUAGUGGCUAAAACCUGUCACUUAGCAAAUACUUGUGUAAAGAAAACAAAUGCACUGUAAAAGAGAUCCUAUUGGUUAAAAUAAACAAAUAUUAUCUAUAUCGUG